AUGGAGAAUGGACAUUCAAUACCUAUAUUUUUGACUAAGCUUUAUACAAUAGUAUAAGGGAAUUAAGAAUAAGAAAUAUUAAGAUUUGAUGAGAGUGGACGAAUUGUAGUAAUAGUAGAUUAAGAGAGAUUAUAAUAAUACUUGCUUCCAGAAUAUUUUGGACAUAAGAAUUUGCCUAGUUUUUUGAGGUAUAUUAUGAUAUAUUAGGAUAGAUAAUUAAAUAUGUAUGGAUUUAAGAAAAGACACAAUAAUGGUGUGUUAGAAUUUAAACAUAAAUAUUUUAGAAGAGAUGGGAAGUAGGGAUUGUUAUUUAAUUAGGAUAAUUUUUAAAUUAAAUAAAGAGAAGAAAUGAGAUACAAAUAGUGGAAUAAAUUCCUGAUUAGGAAGACAUCAACACAUAAAUUGAAUAGAUUAGAUAAACAUAAUAAAGUUUGUAAAGUCUAAUUUAAGAUGCAGCAACACAAAAUUUAAUGAUAAUGAAUAUAAUUAUGCAUUAAUAACAAGUAAAAGUUGAAAUAAUUUAAGUAAAUGGCAGAAACAAGUACGGCUAAUUUUGUUAGAUUUUCUCAUUUAAGUGAUUUGAUUUAGUAGGUGGUUUCGUAUUUCUAAAUUAAUACUGGUAAUGAGAUUGAAAGUACUCUUGCUCAUCAAAGAAAAGAAGCUUAAAAAGGUUUGGAAUACAUUAUAGAAGAUACGGAAAAAUGAUUCUAAUAUAUGAAUUAAUUAAAGUGUUGUAGGGGAAGCAGAUGCAAUGACAAUUAAUUGCAGGUAACAAAGUUGUACAAAAAAGACAAAUAUGCUGCUAAACUUGGAAUCACAAUUUCUUGUAUUGUCUUUUUAAGGUUUCUAACUUUCCUUUUCUUUUUAAAUAUACAUAUAUAUUUUUACACCGGGGUACUCAAA